UGCACACUUGCGCUGAGUUGCCAUCUUAGUGCAACAGCAAUGAGCAAACAGUCUGGUUGUAUUUGACUAACAUUUAUUGAAAAAGUAUGGAUUUAAGCUGUUGGGUUCUAACUUGAAAUAUCCUUAUUCAUGUUACCAUAUUAGAACUGGGUGUAUGGAAAUCUACUGAGUGAGAAAUGGGAGUGCAAAAAGUUUACAUUCUAUCAGAACAUGUUAUUGUUAAAUCUCAUGUAUCCUUUGGAGAGGAGAAGGGCAACAGCCUGGUUUCAGUCACUGAUAAGGUAGGACAGCCAUGAGUUAGGGAGGAGUGAAGAAUGUGGGCCGAGAUGUAUUGGCUAUCCAGAUGUGCAAGGAGGAGCCUCCACCUAGAAGGAGGGUAUAAAUAUAUGGGCCUGUGUAAACAUGUCUUUGUCUUUUCAGCUGUUUGACCCAAUGGGUGAAUAAACUUGGUUUGAGCUUUGACUGGUUGUCUGUUAGUUUUUCACUCUGUUUGUCAGAACCUAACAAAGCAAACAAAGAAAGGCACGCAACUACAGAGGAUAAACAUAGAGGCCUCAGGGUGCGUUUGCCACCGCUGUGUGAGCAAACAAUGACGGAGGACAGGUUGAAGGCAGACCCCUCCAAGCGGGAGGGUCUGGACUCAGGAGAGGGAGACACAGAGCCUAGCCUGCUGCUGCAGAAACUAAAGAGCAACAUCUCUAAGAAUAUACAGGGAAAAGUGGACGUUAUCUUGCAAGAUGUGCAGCGCUUCUCUGACAACGACAAACUCUACCUUUACCUCCAGCUGCCUUCUGGCCCCAGUUCAGGGGAGAAAAGUCUGGCAAUGGCCCCGCUGGCACAACUUAGGCGGUGGUGUAUUUCUGCAUCGAUGUCAGCUUUGGAGGACAGAACACUGCCAAGCAGCAGCAGCAGUGACCCCAGCUCCUUCAACACAGCUGACCAGCUGCACACCUGCAACUGGAUCCGUAGCCACCUGGAGGAGCACAUAGACACCUGCCUGCCCAAGCAAGACGUCUACGAGACAUACAAGAGAUACUGUGAAAACCUGCAGCACCGGCCUCUGAGUGCUGCCAACUUUGGGAAGACCAUCCGUGACAUCUUCCCCAACAUCAAAGCCCGGAGGCUCGGUGGCAGGGGACAGUCCAAGUAUUGUUAUAGUGGAAUCCGUAGGAAGACAGUGCUAAACAUGCCACUGUUGCCAAACCUGGACCUGAAAAAUGACCCAUCGGAGCUGACGGAGCUGGUGCAGACCUACAAGCAAGAGGUGACGGAGGCGGCUUGUGAGCUCAUCUGUGAUUGGGCCCAGAAGAUCCUCAAACGUUCCUUUGACACAGUGGUCGAGAUCGCCCGUUUUCUUGUGCAGGAGCACAUCGUCAACCCGCGCUGCAGCCAGGCUGAACUCGUCACUUCUGCCGCUAUGGCAGGAGGUCCUGCAAAGCCCCACAAGGUGAUCAAGAAGAACCCAGUACCAUCCAAAGGAGGUGGGCCAGAGACGGAAGGGAGCGGCUCUGAAGCUAAGGUAAGGGAUAAAGACGUUGGGGAUCAGUCGUUGCCAGGGAAACUGCAGUCCAGUGACAAGCCAAUGAAAGGGGUGGAGUCUGUACGCCCGGGGGGUCGCGAAUUGCAGGUGGAGGCUCUGAUGAAGCACUUGCCCCGAAUCCUGCCUCGCAGCUCCGUCCCGGAAAAGUCCCAGCUUUCGGUGUGCUCCUCGGCCCCUUCGCUGGCGCCCAAAGACGCAGGUGGCGUGAAAGUCAUUACAAUGACUGCCCUGCCCCAGCAGCAAGGGGGCGCUCUCCCCGUCAUGAUCCUCCCCCAGAGCGUCAGCCUCUCCUACCCCGACAGGGAAAAAGCCCCGUCAAUCACCAUGGCGCCCGUGGCACCAACGUCGGUGGUGCAGAGGGCCCGCACAGCGGGCAAACGGGUCCCCGAGGCGACAAGCGGGGGCCCCGGGCCAGGAGGCACGCCGGCCAAACGGAAACGAGGACGACCCAGGAAGCCACGGCCAGAGGACACUGCCCCCCCGCAGCCGCCCCCUCCACCCUUACCCUCGGUCAACCAAGCCCCUAUCAUGAAUUCCCUCACCGGAGGGGUGAUCCAGAAAGCCUGCUCUUCCUCCGCCUCCCAGGUGGUGGAGGUCGUAUUCCAGGACCAGCAGGCCUUGGUACUAGGUCAGCUGCAUUCGGUAGCGGACACAGGCGACCCAGAGCACCGGGGCGUGGUGCUCGAGACUGACCCACGGCCCGUGCUGCUGUUGUCAGGGGCCAGUCACACAAACUGGGACAUGGGCAGGGCCAUGGUAGAGGUCAUCCAGAGGGCCCCGAGACCACCCACCAUCAUCACCAAGAACAACAACAACUCCCAGUCUACCCCCCAGCACCGCCUGCCCCUGCCCACUUUGCUGGAGGAUCGAGGUCAGGUGGAGAUCACCCUCACUCCCACGGAGCCUUCGGAAGAUCUGCCGACCCCCACCACCCAGGCUAGCUCGGAGGGCCGCCCUGCGCCUGAUGACAGCACUAAGGUUGAAAGACCCUAGCACUGGCCCUCCCAGUCCCGAACCUCACCCUCCUUGUCCCAGAGACUAGGGAGCACUAAGGGACUUUAUACUACCCUCAGCAUGAGGAUAACCACGCCCAAUCCCCCAAUCAUCUUCUCCCAGGUAGCAAGCUUCAUCUUGCUCCACACAGUCCCUCUCCCAUCUUACCGAUUGGUGGAAAUCCGAGAUUGGCGGCACAGAGAGCCAAGAUUGAUGGAGCCAAACCCCUGUUGACCUUCCAUUAGUCCUUGCAUUUGACAAUGUAAAAAGGUCCGUUUAUAACUCUCUGCUGUGACUCUAACUGCAUGUUUUUCUUUGUAAUUGUGAGCGAAGAGAUAGUUAAAGGCGUCUCCAUACUCCUGAGAUUGGAUUUCUUGUAGUUCUGAUGAUGAGGAGGGGCUAUUUACGGGUUCGGACCAUUCGAGGUUCUAAGUGCUACUCUCCCUGAGAGGAACUCCCCUCAAAGCGUUCUUUUUUAAAUCUUUGGUUGUGUUAUUUUGAUGUUUGUAGUUGUGCUUUCAAAUAGACUUCCAGAGUAAAGGCGUCCGCAUGCUUCCCAGACUAAACAGUUUGGAAGAGUUUGUGCAUAUAUUAUGAUGACAUCAUCAUGUCAUCAUGUUCGGGCACAUGCAAAAAAAAUUCUAGAGGCAAGCCGAAGUCGGUAGCUGAAGUCUACGCCCCUUCGUCAGUGAUUGGUCAACAGUCG